GUCUUGUGGUUAUGAAGACCUUUUAGCGUACGUACUUGGUUUCUCGCCACUAGGCUGCAUCAUAUGACACCUGCUCAAAAUGCUUGUCGUCAGCUUUUUGAUUUUCAUAACUGGUGCGACCUCUCUGGAAUUUGAAGGUGCGGAUCAGAACACGAUCCAGAACCUGAAGCUGCAGUACGAGGAGCUGCUGGGCCGCAUGGACAAGCUGAAGAAGGACCACGACAAGGAGAGUGGGGAGCUGAGCGGCCUGAUGCAGAACAAGCUGGUGGAACUGGAGGACGCUGUCAAGAGGCUCGACAAUCUGCAGAGAGACAAGGCUCUCAUCGAGCGCUGGAUCGUGCAGCACCGCCGAGCUCAUAAGAUCCGCUUUGGGGACGAGGCUAACAGCGAACCAAAAUACUAGUAGUUCUGAUGAAGAAGAGGUGGUGUGUCAAAUACCUAAUUAAAGGCAACUGUUUUUAAAUAACGGUGUUCUAAUCCAAAGUGAAAAGAUAUCUUUUUGUAAUUCAUAUUUUUCUUAAAUAAGAUGUUAAUUAUUAAAAAGGAUUUGUAAUUA